UGCGAAACCCCUCUCAGCACGCGCCAUAUACAUACACAGUAACACACUAUCUUUGUACGGCAACGGUUAGGGUUUUGUUUUCUGAUUUUCACACAGAAAAAACAAAGACAAAACCUUGAAGCUGUAACCGCCGAUUGAUUCGACCGACGAGAAAUUGGCUCUUAUCUUCUCUUGAUUCUUGAAAAAAUGGCGAAGGAAAUUAAGGAAUUUCAGUUGUAUAACAGUAUGACGAAACAAAAGGAGUUGUUCAGGCCUAGGGUUGACGGCAAGGUCGGAAUGUACGUCUGCGGGGUCACCUCCUACGACCUCAGCCACAUCGGUCACGCCCGCGCCUAUGUGGCUUUUGACGUACUUUACAGAUAUCUAAAAUAUAUUGGCUAUGAAGUUGUCUAUGUCCGCAAUUUCACCGAUGUUGAUGACAAGAUUAUUCGUAGAGCAAAUGAGCUUGGGGAGGAUCCGAUAACUUUGAGUGCUCGGUUUUGUGAAGAAUUUCUUGCUGACAUGGCUGAUAUCCAGUGCCUUGUUCCCACCCAUCAGCCACGCGUGACUGAACAUAUGGAGCAAAUCAAGGAUAUGAUAACUAAGAUUAUCAACAAUGGUUGUGCUUAUCAUGUUGAGGGUGAUGCUUACUUUGCUGUCGAUAAAUACCCAAAUUAUGGCCGUUUAUCGGGGAGGAGGCUAGAAGAUAAUAGAGCUGGGGAACGCGUUGCUGUUGAUGAGAGAAAGCAAAAUCCUGCUGAUUUUGCACUGUGGAAGGCUGCAAAGCCAGGUGAGCCGAAAUGGGACAGUCCCUGGGGUCCUGGAAGACCAGGAUGGCACAUAGAGUGCAGUGCAAUGAGUGCUCAUUAUUUGACACACGCAUUUGAUAUUCAUGGUGGUGGGAUGGAUUUGAUAUUUCCCCAUCAUGAAAAUGAGAUAGCUCAGAGUUGUGCAGCUUGCCCUGAAAGCAAUGUUAAUUACUGGAUACAUAAUGGUUUUGUCACUGCAAAUGAUGAGAAAAUGUCAAAAUCACUUGGAAACUUCUUCACCAUUCGUGAGGUUACGAAGGUGUACCAUCCACUCGCAUUAAGGCAUUUUCUUAUGGGAACCCACUACAGGUCUCCUGUUAAUUACACAAUUUCUCAAUUAGAAAUUGCAUCAGAGGCUGUUUUCUACGUAUAUCAGACCUUACAAGACUGUGAAGAAGCUUUGUUGGAAUUGAAAGAAGAGGCUGAAAAAAAUGGCAAAAUCAGCCCUGCUGCCCAAGAAUGUAUCACUAAACUGCAUGAAGAGUUUGAGGCAAAAUUGUCUGAUGAUUUGCACACGCCAACCAUACUUAAUUCUGCUCUGCAAGAAUCCCUGAGAUUUAUGAAUAGUUCUUUAAACAUGCUCAAGAAGAAACAGCCAAAGAAACAACAACUAUCGACAGUAAAGUCUCUUGCUGAACUGGAGAAACAAGUCAAGGAAGUUUUAGAUGUUCUGGGGCUGCUGUCAAAUUCAAGAUAUACCGAGGUUUUGCAGCAACUAAAAGAUAAAGCUUUGAAAAGGGCUGGGUUGACUGAAGACGAUGUUUUGCAUUUAAUUGAGGAGAGGAUGCUAGCCAGGAAAAACAGAGAGUUCUCGAAAAGUGAUCAGAUUAGGAGUGACUUGGGUGUUAAGGGAAUUGCAUUAAUGGAUGUGGGAAAGGAAACAGUUUGGAGGCCUUGUGUGCCAGUCCAGCAAGAAAGGCCUGAUGUUCCAGUUCAACAGGAAAAGCCAGUUGAACUGGUUAAACAAGAAAAUCCUGUCAUUCCAACAGAGAAAGGUCAGCCAGCUGUGCCAGCCGGUGAGGAGCAGUAAACAGCUGUUAAAGAGUUAUUAACUGGUAAUUUUUAUUCUUAAUCAUAGAUCAUGCAUGUACUUUUUGUAACAUUUGAGAUUUUGCUUCACAAAAAAUGUUCCAUAAUUGGUGCUUACGGCCCUAUACAUUUUGGGUGCCCAUAGAUUUACACAGUGGUCUGGUAAUUGAUUAAUACAACAGCAAUGCUGGACCUUUUAAACAUUCUAUAUAUAAUCUUGUUUCUUGGCAAAUUUGUGAUUA